GGAGAGGCCGGGACCCAGCCAGAAGCGAAUAAACAGCUGCUUUAAUGAACUGUCCUCGCGCGCCUGCUUUGUGCCAGGCACUGUGCUGGGCCUCAUUCCUUCUUCCGACCUCUUCUUGGGUGGAAGAACAAAUUAGCCAUCUCCACUCCCCGGAGAGGGAAAGAGCCUCCCGCUGUCUGACCUCAAAUACCACUGCCAGAGCCCCGAUCUUGAGCCUAGACUAUGGCCAGGCGCUGGCCUGAGUGUUUUGCCUGCACAUAUCCGUCCACCCUCACAAGGAACCUAAAAAGGACCGUGACCUCCCCACUUUAUAGUGCCCCUGAGGCGCUAAGCUGCCUGGGUCCACCGGAGGCCGCGCCAUGAAUGACCGAAACAGUCGGAGGAGGACACUGAAGAAAGACGAUGAGGCCUUCGAGAUCUCCAUCCCCUUCGAUGAGACGCCCCACCUAGACCCACAGAUCUUUUACAGUCUGAGCCCCUCUCGGGGAAACUUCGAGGAGUCUCCGGAGGCCGCAUCCCCAACCGUGGCCCUGAUGAAUGGUGUCAGGGCCCAGCUGCACAUGGCUCUGGAGAGAAACUCAUGGUUGCAGAAGCGCAUCGAGGACCUGGAGGAGGAGAGGGACUUCCUGCGGUGUCAGCUGGACAAGUUUAUCUCCUCAGCCCGCAUGGAUGCAGAGGACCACUGCCGGGGGAAGCCUGGGCCCAGGCGGGUUGAGGGGGACAGCCGGGGUGGGGCUGGGGGCGAGGCCUCAGAUCCGGAGUCAGCAGCCUCCUCACUCAGCGGAGCGUCUGAAGAAGGCAGUACCGUGGAGAGGAAGAGACAGAGGCAGAAGGGAGGUGCUGGCCGGAGACGCUUUGGGAAGCCCAAGGCCCGGGAGAGGCAGCGGGUGAAGGAUGCAGAUGGAGUCCUCUGCCGCUACAAGAAGAUCCUGGGCACCUUCCAGAAGCUGAAGAGCAUGUCUCGGGCCUUUGAGCACCACCGAGUAGAUCGCAACACGGUGGCGCUGACCACGCCCAUCGCGGAGCUGCUCAUCGUGGCCCCGGAGAAGCUGGCGGAGGUGGGCGAGUUCGACCCCUCUAAGGAGCGUCUGCUCGAGUACUCACGCCGCUGCUUCCUGGCCCUGGACGACGAGACCCUCAAGAAGGUGCAGGCGCUUAAGAAGAGCAAGCUGCUGCUCCCCAUCACCUAUCGCUUCAAGCGGUGAUCCUGCCCCACCUGGCCCGGGACGCGCCCUUCGGCCCCCACUUCCCUCCCUCCUGUGUCCCUCCUGGCACCGGGCGAGCGUGUGCAUGAGUGGCGUGCUCCUCCAGAGGCCCUGGGGUGUUUCUGCACGUGCCUCUCCUGCUCCUGCAGAUCCCCACUCCCACCCCAGGUUCCUCCUAUAUAGAUCCGGUCCCCUUCUUGCCUCUCACGUUCCUAGCUUCCUCCCCUUUCUCUGCAUUCCCUGGGGAGGGGCGUCCACUUAGCCUGGCCCCCAAGCUUCAGGGGUCGGUUUCUGCCCUUUCCAAACACUGGCACUCCUCCCACGCGAGCUGCACCGUCCUGCCCUCACCGGGCGCUUCCUCCGGGGGACACUGCGAGACUCUCUGCGGGGCCACGCACUGUACAUACCCCGUCUCUACUCCCAGCCCCGAGGAGAGCCUGGCCCACUCUGCCAGGAGCUCUCCACCCGCAUUCUGGACAAGAAAGAAUUAUUCAGAGAAUUUAAAUUAAAGAGAGACGAUAAAAUUUGGAAUAAACUA